UCACUGUCUCCACCAAGUGCAGGAAACGGUCCGAUGUCGCCUCUUCAAGGUGUUUCCAUCGGACCGGCAGCUCGCGGGGCCUCGUGCGGUCAAGCGGAGGAAUUCGCAUGCGAGACUGGGUGGCACACGCCCUCUACGUCACGGAGCAGAGGAGUCCAAGUGAAGAAGCUGCACAGCCCUGCGCCGUCACCUCCCUCGGUCCACAGCUGCCGAGGCGCUCUGCUGCAGCGGGGACAUGCGCUUUAACGCGGCACGGACGAUUUCGCAACUCGGAGCUCACUGACUCACCGCCGACUGCGCUCUGCCUCAGACUGGCCUCUAAAAUGGACCAACAUAAUCACAGCUGCCAUUAUAAUGAGUCCAUGGGCUUUUUCUACAACAACAGCGGCGCCAAUGACAAAUGGGACACAGCCCAGCUCAUACUGGUGCAGGUGGUGGGCUCUCUGUUCUGCUGUUUCAUCCUGGUCUCCAACGCCAUGGUCAUAGCUGCUGUCAUUACCAAUAAGAGGUUUCACUACCCUUUCUACUAUCUCCUUGCCAACCUCGCCGCCUCAGACUUCCUGGCGGGCAUAGCGUACGUGUACCUGAUGUUUAACACGGGGGAGGUGUCGCGGAAACUUACAGUUAAAGGAUACUUCAUCCGUCAAGGUCUUCUGGACAUCAGUCUUUCAGCCUCGCUGGCUAACCUACUGGUAAUAGCUCUGGAGCGCUACAUCUCCGUCAUGAACUGGAAAGUCCACAGCAACUUGACGAAGAGGAGGGUGACCCUGCUGAUCGUGAUGGUGUGGGCCAUCUCCAUCUUCAUGGGGGCCGUGCCGAGUCUGGGCUGGAACUGCAUCUGCAACCUGAGCGACUGCUCCCAGCUGGCUCCCAUCUUCAGCAGGAGCUACCUGAUCUUCUGGUCCGUGUCUAACCUAGUGGUGUUCCUGGUGAUGGUGGUCAUCUACACAAGGAUUUACACCUACGUCAAGAGGAAGACGGCGAUGCUCUCGACGCACACCAGCGGUUCCCUUAACCGCAAGAGAACGCCCAUCAAACUCAUCAAGACGGUCAUGGUUGUGCUCGGGGCCUUCGUGAUCUGCUGGACUCCUGGCCUGGUGGUUCUGCUCCUGGACGGCCUCAACUGUACCAGUUGUAACGUCAAGAAAUCCAAACGCUUUCUGCUGCUCCUGGCUGUACUCAACUCCGUCAUGAACCCUUGCAUCUACUCCUACAAGGACGAGGAAAUGUGGACGACGUUAAAGAACCUCAUGCGCUGCAUCGGUAACGGCACGCGACGGCAGCGGUCGACGAAGGCCAACGCCCGGCCGCUGAGCUCCGCUCAGGAUACGGGCAACAGUCAGCCUCCCUCGGAGGAGGCAAAACCUGACGAUCAGGACGUAAUCAAGACUUGAAAAUGGGACUUGUUCAGAAUUUUACCAGAAUUUGUGUCCAGCCCUGACAGGAGGUACCUUUUUAUGAAGAUAUAGAUUGGUGUUGACUUCAAAGAGAAACCACACGAGUUGAUCUCAGGGCGGCGGCGGCGGCAGCGUCCGCUGAUUAAAAGUACAUUCUUGAAGAGACACUGCAGGCCGGCCUCUCCAGUGUCGAGCUGGUGAGAUGGAGAUAAGAGACUUUUAUGCACAACUAAUUCCCCGAAUGGAUGAAAAGAUGUUAUAUUCAGGAUUUGACCGUUUUUGGACAACACUUGUGGUCAGGGAUUGUGUGAUCCUUGUUGCCGUUUCAUCCUGUUCCUGUUGUCUUCCUCAUCACAUCCCUGUGUGUUAUUUAAACCUGGACAAUUCUGUAAAGCAAGACAAAAAUCCAGGAUGAAAUGCAGAGCAGUAGAGUUUUACGUUUACUUCCAAAAAGGGUCGACUAAUGUUCAAGGUGGCUUAACUUUCUCCCUUUUAUAUACAUUUGUGUACAUCUGAUUGUCUUUAGGUUUUCUUCCUUGUGUAUCUUGUCAGGAAGUGAGUCUGUAAUGGAUAAUCUACUGCAGUUAGGACAUGUAACUUGUUUGUAGUCGGGUACAAUACAAACUAGGUUUGCUUGGGCAGGACACCGUUUUUAAGACAGCUAGGGAAAAAUAUGUUAAACUGCGGUAAUCUAUCUAGUUGUACAUACUGUAAAAAGCUUGUAAGAAGAGGUGAGGUCAUUGAACUGUAUGACCGCCAUCGUGCGCAGCAUGACCGGAUUGUUUUGGCUGUUUUUUUGCAAAGCAGUUGGGCCCUGAGGAAACUAAAGACAGAAUCCCUCCUUUCGUGUCCUAUCCGUCAUCUUUUAUCAGUUCACCUUUACUACCUGCAGAACCUCAUGGCGGUAAACUUGUUCUUCUUGUAGCAUUGUUACACUUCCGCUUCAACUCGGUGAAUGGCUGCUGUUGCUUUGAUGAAACCGCUGCUCACCCUGACAGUGCAGGGGCAGUAAAAUGUUGCGACACACUGGAUUCCUGUUGGAGUUUAAGCAAUAGCCUGCAUACCUGCAGGAAUCCAAGAGGAUAUGACUGAAUGUCUGUGACUAGACACACUCUCAAACCCCUACCACCACCAACUCCGUUCAAAUGACUCAUCUUCGACCUGCUGUACAGUAUUUAUGCCACUCCUGCUGUAAAAGACUUGACAUCAUUAAAGCUAUUUAGUGUAUUAUAUGUUUUAUCAAACAAGAUUAUGCAAUGCCAUCAAAGUUGAGUUGGACUUUCACACUGUACGAUUGUUUCUACAUUACUUUUAACGAACUUUUUGGAGUUAGCCUCCUUCUUUUUUUCCCAAACAUAAUGCUCAUGUCUGUUUUCUUAAUGCAGGGAAAUGAUACAGAGACAUAACGAGGUUGAUUUCACUAAAGAGCUUGUAGCAGCAGCCCAAAAUCCACAAUUUAUUCCAAGGGUGCUUCAUUUCAUAUUCAGAGCAUUACAAUGGCUGAAAACUACUGUUUACCAUGUGAAGAUGCAGUGGAGUAGCGUGGUCCACUGGCUAACUCAUGGGCUCUGCUCUGCUCUGGCGGUUCCAGCUGAAAACGUUGUCCUUACUGACGGCAAUGUCGCGUAAACGUAACGCCCACCCUCCUGUUCCCCUUCAAGUAAACACUGUUGGCUCUUGUCCUUACCUUUGCUGCUCUGAGUGCUGUCAGCACCGUUGGUAAGAGCCACCGGCUCAGCCGCUGUCUUGGAAAGAGCGCCUCGGAGGCAAUAUAAAGGCCCUCAAUCCUUGUAUUUAACACCUUUUGAAAUAAUAAAUAAGUCAUGUGAU